ACUAUGACCGGUUUUCGGCAUUGUAUGAAACUUGCUUUCCCGUUCUCAGAGCUGAGUGGGAAUUGUUAAAGUCAGUGGAGAAUGUUGUAUCUGCGGAGGAGUCCCACACAAGAAUGCUUGAAGUAGAAUUCAAAGGAUUCAUUGGUCAUCUGUUCGACACCAAUUUCAAAGGAGCAAAUGCUAAGAUUCUAAUUUACACAUUUUGGAUGUUACUGGAGGCGUUUAUUACAACAACACCCGAGGAUGUCUCUUUGGAUAAUAAUGCGCAGUGGGUAUACACACUUCAGGAUCUAUUUGUCUUUUUUGCGAAUCAGCCAAAGCAUGUUUUCAAGAAGCAUCUUCAAUACCUUGUCACAAAAUGCAAGAUGUCUCCAGUCCAACUUCUGUCAAAGUUUAUUACUGAAGAAG